GCAGACUCUCAGCCACUCAGCUGAACUGACAGCAUGAAGGCCUUCUUGGCCCUGCCGCUGCUGCUGCUUCUCUCCGCUCCCCGCUGCGCCCCCCAGCUCUCCGCGAUCCGAGGAGAUGCUCUGGAGAGGUCUUGCCUUCAGCAGCCUCUGGACUGCGAUGACAUCUAUGCCCAGGGUUUCCAUGCGGACGGCGUGUACCUCAUCUACCCGUCGGGCCCCAGCGUGCCUGUGCCUGUCUUCUGUGACAUGACCACCGAAGGCGGGAAGUGGACGGUUUUCCAGAAGAGAUUCAAUGGCUCAGUGAGUUUCUUCAGGGGCUGGAACGACUACAAGCUGGGCUUCGGCCGUGCUGAUGGGGAGUACUGGCUGGGGCUGCAGAACCUGCAUCUUCUGACGCUGAAGCAGAAGUAUGAGCUGCGAGUGGACCUGGAGGACUUUGAGAACAACACAGCCUAUGCCAAGUAUGUGGACUUCUCCAUUUCCCCCAACGCAGUCAGUGCUGAGGAGGACGGCUACACCCUCUACGUGGGGGGCUUCGAGGACGGUGGGGCAGGUGACUCCCUGUCCUACCACAGCGGCCAGAAGUUCUCCACCUUCGACAGAGACCAAGAUCUCUUUGUGCAGAACUGUGCAGCCCUCUCCUCAGGAGCCUUCUGGUUCCGUAGCUGCCACUUUGCCAACCUCAAUGGCUUCUACCUGGGUGGCUCUCACCUCUCCUAUGCUAAUGGCAUCAACUGGGCCCAGUGGAAGGGCUUCUACUACUCCCUUAAGCGCACCGAGAUGAAAAUCCGCAGAGCUUGAGGGGCUGGCCCCCAUCAGGCCCCUUUCUCCCUUGGCCAUCCCAAGUCUCCAUGAGUGCUCCCUCCGUGCCACCCCCAUCACAGAGCCCCUGACACGAUGUUUUCUGCUGCACCCUGGUCACCUGCUUCUCAUAGGGGGCCUUGUGGCUCUCACACACCCAGGAUGUCCAUCUCUAAGCCACGCCCUACUCCCCUGUGCCUGAGGCCACACCACUAGCAGCUACCCAGGCCUUUUCUGGGAGGCACAGCCGUCCAGCUGCAUCUGGCUGGGCUCCAGACUAUUGCCUCCACCCUCUCCCAGGAGCCCGGAGCCGCCCUCCCGGAUGCAGGCUUUUGUGUCCCGCCUUACCCAGCUUCUUUACUGUGGACCCCUAUCUAGGACCACCCUACCGUUGCUAGGCUGAGCGGCACUGGCUGACCAGCGCCCUCAGUCAAGCCAGGCCACAACAGCUCUGAGAAACACCCCAGCACUCCCACUGGCUUUUCUCAGACUCCAUCCUUGCCUUCCCUCCCUGCUGCCCUGUGGUGAGCACUAUGGACCCGAGCCCCACUGGGGCUAUAAUAAUACUAAGCUCCCCCACCUGGCUCUCCCAGCCCUCCAAAGCUCAAUGCCAGAGGUAUUCACCACCGCUAAGGCAGGUCACUCUGAAACUGCCACACCCCACAUAGGCAGGCAUGUACAAGGUUCCCCAACCCUCGGGGGCUGAGGUUUGGCCAUGUGAAGGGACAGAGGACAAUCUCUGUUGGGACUGGGAGCGGAGGUCUCAAUAAACCUUCAGGAUUUGAGUGA